GAUGACGUCAAGGUCGCUCUCGUAUCGCCAGCGCAGGACAACAACUGACCGACUGACUGAGGCGAUUGAAAACUUUGACAAACUCUUAAUAAAAGACGCUUUAAAGUUUAGUGAAGUUUCCCUCCAUGAUGCGCGGGCGUGUUUGAAGCGGACUAGCCGUGUGGCAGAUGUGGACUGGCCGUUAGCGGUGGAUGGAGUCGGGGUACGGUGUCCAGCGGAGGGCCGGCGGUGGCUCGCCCGCUGUGGGAGCGUCGCAGCGCCGCAGGAAGAUGCCGCUGAGAGCCGCUGAUUAUAAACUCCAGGUGAUCAUCAUCGGCUCCCGUGGAGUGGGAAAAACCAGCCUGAUGGAGAGAUUCACGGAUGAUACUUUCUGCGAGGCUUGCAAGUCCACUGUGGGUGUGGAUUUUAAAAUCAAAACGGUGGAGCUGAGAGGAAAGAAGAUCAGGUUACAGAUCUGGGACACAGCAGGUCAGGAGAGGUUUAACAGCAUCACUUCAGCGUAUUACCGCGGCGCGAAAGGCAUCGUGUUGGUGUACGACAUCACCAAGCAGGAAACCUUUGAAGACCUGCCUAAAUGGAUGAGGAUGAUAGACAAGUACGCAUCAGAGGAUGCUGAGCUCCUAUUGGUUGGUAACAAACUGGACUGUGAGUCUGAUCGCGCCAUCUCACGACAACAAGCAGAGAGGUUUGCUUCUCGGAUAUCAGGGAUGCGUUUCUGUGAGGCCAGUGCCAAGGAUAACUUUAAUGUGGAUGAGAUAUUCCUUAAACUAGUUGAUGACAUUUUGAGUAAGAUGCCUCUUGAAGUCCCCAGUAAGGUGCUGUCUAACAGCGUCCUGUCCCUUCAGCCCGAACCCGAAAUCCCACCAGAGCUGCCUCCUCCUCGUAUGCGCUGCUGUUGAGACUCGGUUCACGUCACCUUCCCUCUGAUAACCCAACACAUGCUGUUACAGACUCCCGCCACCAGGGGUGACCAGCCCGUACGGAUGAUGAGAUGAUGGCCUGUCAUUACCACAGAAGAUUAAAGACAAGACGCUCAAUAUAAUCAUCCCUCACAAACCAUAGACUGUGCAGUUUAACAUCCUCCGUAUUUUGGUACCUCUAGAUGCCAAUAAAGAUCAUCCAUGUCAUCAUUCCCACA